CUUCCUACUAAAAUAAUCUAGAAUUCUGAUUCUGAAUGGCGACGAAUUGAAUUGUUAGUUUAAUGUUACUGCCAAAUCUUUCAGCAUUAGCCUUAAGUAAAGCUUAUUAAGUAAUUCAUUAAACAUACAGGUAUUUAACCAUGAAAGACAUCAUAGGCAGGAUUUUUCCUCUUGGUGGCCAAAAUCUGCAUAACCUGCAGCUGUACCAUAAGCACAGUUUCUCUCCAAUUUCUACAACAUUGAUUAUUGGGAGACCACACUCCAACAAAACUGCAAUGCUUAUGCAGGCAGCCAUAACUGAGGGAGCUACUGGAAGGCAAGUCCUUUUCAUAGCUCCCAGUAAAAUAACAAACUUACCCCUCAGUGUACAUGGUAUGUUUCCACCUACAUCUGCUACCAUGAAAAAUAUUCAAAUGCUAUACGCAACAACGUUAUUAGAGCUUCAAGGUUAUUUGGCUUCGUUACAUCUAAUGCCUCGGGGAGAUCUUCCUUCACUAAUUGUUAUAGAUGAUUUACAAAGUUAUGUGCCUAUUAAUUAUUUAGAUGAUAUCUCCCAAAUACUGGUGAAUGUUGCUCGUAUUUUAUCAUUGAUUCAAGAGGCGGCAGGAUACUGCCAGGAUGCUGCUGCGAGACAGAGCAGUGUGAACAGCAGUCAGAGCAGCUCAAACAGUGGGCCAGUUACUAAUUCAGGGAACCCAUGUGGAAUUUUAAUGUCAUGGACCAACUUGAACACAGAUCUUCUCAAAGCUGACGAACUGAAGAGUUUUGCAAGAGACUACUGCCACAAUGUAUGGACUGUGAGACAGCUGAAUACACAGGGAUCAUCCACUUUGUCUCAGAAGUUUGAAAUGGAAGACACUUUCGAAGAUGCCUCUUGUAACAUUUCCUUCACUGUUCGCAAAUAUUCCUCCAUGUCACAAGACAUUGUUUUGCAGAAAGUAGUUGUAGAACGUGAAGGUGAACAUGAAGAAACGUCUGCUAGUUAAACCAGGUGAGCAUAGACAUUUGAAUAGUGACUUAUCAGUACAUGGUGCUUUACUGUUGACUUCAGUGAGUUAAGGGAAUCUAAGUUGAAUUAUUAAAACAGAGCUGUAUUUGAAUAUGAAUUCACACUAUGUAAUUAGAGAGUGUUGAAUUCUGCCACAGGUAUAUAUGUAAGAGUGCCUAUUUUGGAAGGUAACUUUCCAAAUAGAUAGAAAACUAAAGUUUACUUAUAUUUUCUAUAAAAUAUGUAUUUUGGA